UGGGAGAUACUGAAGAUCCAUCAGGCUAUGGAUGCCAUACAGGAACUAACUGCUGGGUGUGUUCGAUUCGCUGAACGCAAAAAAGUUAAGCCUGAGAAGGAUUUCGUCACAUUUGGCAAAGACGAACAAUGCUCGGCGCAACUCGGGCGCGUUGGUGGUCGGCAAGAUAUUACUUUUACCUCUGAAUGUUUAAAAGAUCGUGGUAGCGUGCAACGAUAUCUGCUUCGGACAUUGGGGCUUCCAUAUGAGCACACCCGUCUGGACCGCGAUAAAUACAUCGUAGUCAACUCGGACAAUAUACUGCCAGACCAUCGAUCGGAAUUUGAGAAACAUGCUGGUCCAACCUUUGGACUGCCUUAUGAUUACCUUUCCGUGUUGCAUUGUGGAAUCAACGAGUAUGCAAUCGACAAAUUGUUUCCCACCGUUGUUCCACUUCUGUCCCGGACUCCACUCGGAAAAAGCUCAAAUCUCAGCCCGUCAGAUGUUGCGAAGCUCUCCCAGUUGUACAGUUGUAACAACAGUUAGUAUGGGUGUUCGCAGCGCGGAUGUGCGAUUAAUAGCUGACGCUAAUAUGUAACGGCAGCAGAAUAUUUUUUCCACUGCACUUUGAAGCAGAGCAUAUCGCAGAUCCUGCACUAGUUUAUUAAUAUAAUGAACUGCAUGUAUUGUCUUGUCCCAUUUUUUUUUCGUUGAACAAUUUGUGUCCGAAAUAAUUCAAUCAUAUUAUUUCCUGUUUUGUUGUUGCUAACUUGCUGUGGAGUUCUCUCACGAAGAUUCUACGGUUCACUGCGUUCUAGCAUUGUGCUAGCACAAUAAAAUACUCACAUUC